UGUCUUGUGCUCAGCUAGCCAAAGGCAGGUCGCCAUGGCAGAUCCAGGUAUGGCACGGGUCACCGGUCUGAACAAGUACAAGCUGGUGUUCCUGGGGGAGCAAGCAGUUGGAAAGACAUCUGUGAUCACCCGAUUCAUGUAUGAUACCUUUGACAACAACUACCAGGCGACCAUCGGGAUUGACUUUUUGAGCAAGACAAUGUAUUUGGAGGACAGAACAGUGAGGCUUCAACUCUGGGACACUGCGGGUCAGGAGCGCUUUCGCAGUCUAAUCCCAAGCUACAUUCGCGAUUCUUCCGGUGCAAUUGUGGUGUACGAUAUCACUAACCGGGCUUCCUUCCUCAACACCUCCAAGUGGAUUGAGGAUGUGAGAAGCGAAAGGGGAAGCGAUGUUGUCAUCAUUCUCGUUGGCAACAAGACUGACCUAGCAGACCGACGGCAAGUGUCCACGGAAGAGGGGGAAGAAAAAGCCAAGGAAAAUGGGGUCAUGUUCAUAGAGACAAGCGCCAAGAUGGGCACCAACAUCAAGAACCUCUUCAGGCAGCUUGCACAGGCUUUGCCUGGUCAGGACGAGGCUCCAAACGUGGAUGUAGCAACUCAGCCAACUGUUGUGCUGGACGGCUCGACAAUGUCUUCAGACAACAAGAAGAACUGCCCUUGUUGAUGGCAAGGACUGCCAGUGCUCAGUGAAGUGCAGGGUGCUAGGCACUGACUUUGACCUUGCAGUUGAAAA